AUGCAGAGGCUGAUGAGGCUCCAAGUCCUCUGGGGCAUCCGCCAAUCCUACAAUGGCGUUCACCCUGCCCCUUGGUACCUUUGCUGCCGGUCUUUAUCAAGAGCAGGAGCCCCAAGAUGGAAUGACCAUGAUAGACCUGAGGAAUUUAACUUUGCAAGUGAUGUCCUGGACUAUUGGACUCAAAGGGAGCAGGAGGGAAAGAGAGGUUCAAACCCAGCUCUGUGGUGGGUGAAUAACCAAGGGGACGAAGUGAAGUGGAGCUUCGGAGAGAUGACAGACUUAUCCCAACGUGCUGCCAAUGUCUUCACCCAGACCUGUGGUUUGCAACACGGAGACCGUCUAGCCUUGAUCCUGCCUCGAGUGCCUGAGUGGUGGCUGGUGGUCAUAGGCUGCAUCCGAGCAGGUAUAAUCUUCAUCCCAGGAACCACUCAGAUGAAGGCCAAGGACAUUCUCUACCGGUUACAAAUGUCUAAAGCCAAAGGCAUUGUGACCAUAGAUACCUUUGCCGCAGAGGUGGACUCUCUAGUUUCAGAGUGUCCUGCUCUGAAAACAAAGCUCCUGGUGUCUGACCAUAGCCGUCAAGGGUGGCUGGACUUCCGAUCCCUGAUUAAAUCAGCAUCCCCAGAUCACACCUGUAUUAAGUCAAAGACGCUGGACCCAAUGGCCAUCUUCUUCACCAGUGGGACAACAGGCCUUCCCAAGAUGGCAAAACAUAGUCAUGGACUUGCCUUGCGAUCCUCUUUGCUUUCAUGCAGGCAAUUAAUGCAACUGAAGACAUCUGAUGUCCUCUGGUGCUUUUCGGACCCAGGCUGGAUUAUGGCUUCCGUGGGGUGCCUGUUUGAACCAUGGACAGCAGGGUCUACACUCUUCAUCCAUCAUCUGUCUCAGUUUGACCCUAAGGUCAUUCUACAGACAUUGUGCAAAUACCCCAUCACCCAGUGCCUUGCUGCUCCAGCUGUGUAUCGAAUGGUUCUACAGCAGAUUUCUACCAGUCUCAGGUUUCCUGCCCUGGAGCACUGCGCUACUGGUGGGGAGGCUCUGCUGCCAGAGGAACAAGAGGAGUGGAGAAGACGCACGGGCCUUCUGCUCUACCAGGUCUACGGACAGUCAGAAACA